AUGUCGGCUGCUCCAAUACGGAAGCCAGAUUUCCCCAUCCGGUCAGCACCGCUUUCCGGAGGGCCGCAGCUCAGCGGCCGCGACCUGUACAAGCAGGCCGUCAAGGACUAUCUGACGAAGGAGAUCAAAAAGGUGAAGGCGGAGAAUGAGAGGGUGAAGGAGAAGAAUAAUGAAGCAGUCGCCCGACAUCGGCUGGCCCGUCACAGCGAGGCGCAAUGGGACGAAGCUAGCGACAGGCAGUGGAGGAUGCUCCCGUCAGUCAUCAGACGCCGCUGGGAUGCCGAAUCACGCCGCCGAUGGCCUCGCCGGGGGGACGAUCCCACUGUGUCCAUGGACCCCGUGGAUGUCUUUUGCAACUCGGAUGAGGUAUAUUAUGUCAGAGGGAGGAAGCGCCGGAGGCAGGAACAUCUAGAUUGGUCCGAAGAAUAUAUCCGUGAACGCUACGAGGAAGCGUACAACAGACUCCCACAAGCAACCCCCGCUAGCUCUCAACUUGAUAACGCCAGUAAUCCGUCAUCAAGGAACCUUAGUGGCUCCUACUAUAGCGACCCCGCAUCAUCCCACGAUGGUGCUCAGCCUAAAGCUGCAGAUGCAGCCUCUUCUGACUCCUCCUCGGCCUCUUCGGCCUUUUCAGCGUCUUCGGGCAACAUAGUCAACUUGACGCUCCUGGACAGGGAAGUCUUUGAAUUUGAGGCCCGGAAAAUCGACACCUCCCGGGGGUUCCUAUCUUCGGAGCAUGACAGGUUUCUUGAUGCUCAUGAUAACGGCUAUAAAGCAGAUGAGCCGAGUCGCACACAGCUAAGGGGCGACACCCAAAGGCUGCAUCAAGCUAUCGGCGAUCCUGCCAGUAAGGGCAAAUGGAAAUGGCACAAGAAAUUAGGCGAGGGUACUUUCGGAACCGCCAGGCUUUAUCGCUAUGCUGAUGAUAAUGAUCAGACUCUUGCCCGAGUGGUUGUCAAGAGGGAUCGUGGUGAACCACAAGAUGAGGAGCGAAGGCAUCUCAAGACUCUACGCGAUGCGGGGGUGGAUUGCAAAUACAUUGUGAAAUACCUCGGUGAAACUCGCCUCCCGGGGAAUUUAGGAUGUACAUAUCUGGAAUACGCACCUUAUGGUACUUUGCACGAGCUCUACAAGGACUACGAGGCCUACGAGAUGGCAAUCCCCGAGCCGUUUCUCUGGUAUCUGCUCCGCUGUCUUGCAGAAGCAGUAGCCGUACUCGACGGUGAGAACUUGUUCCAUUUCGACAUCAAACCUCCAAACAUUUUGCUCGCUAGGGCCGACGACUCUAAUACAUCUCACCAUUGGCAUCAGAACUAUCCGACGGUACUGCUGGCGGACUUUGGCGGCGUUAAUGAGAAGAGCGCAAAGGAUGAGGAGCAUCGCGGAAUGGGCCAGGUUAUCCUAACCGGCAUGCGUCCCUUUUGGCCCGACAGUCAGCUCUGGGAUAUCCCGCAACCUCCCUGGGAAGCACCCGACCAACCGGCGCCCAGCGAUGACCAAAGGAAGGCCUACGAAUACUACUGCUACCAGAUCUCGCGCACCGAUUGGCCAAAGCGCCACCCCCGCCGCGCCCGUAACGAGCAGAACCACUCCAUGGAAAAUGUCGAAGCCCUCAAAGAGGCAUUUUUCCCCGGCAAGAGAGACAAAGAUAUCGAGACCGAUCCCUUAUUCGACGCCCUCACCCUGCGCGCUUACGACGAUGCAUCUGCCGAUACACCUUUGACGUCGUACCGUCCCAGCAACGCAGUCGACCCGCACUUCAGCGCGCUCCGCCCGCAAUACUCGGCCCGCCUCGUCGAGUGCGUGUUCCGCUGCCUCGAGCCGCUGCCGGCCGAUCGGCCGACGGUGCAAGACGUGCUGGAGGAGGCGGGGGAUGUAUGCAGGGCGGACUUUGAGCGCGCUUGGCCCGGUUAUCCAGAAAUGGGGAGCCGACAGAUGGGGGUUGGGGUAGAGCCAGACGAGUACGCGCCCUACAGGAUGAGACCAGUCGUGCCAGGGCCGAGGCCAUGGCGUAAGGGAGACGAAGAUGAUCGCAAUUGGAAGCAGCUGGAGGCGCCAAUGUGGUUGAUGAUACGCAGGGACAAGUAUCCGAUUUCGAAGAAGGUUCUGAACGACAAAUAUAAAGGGGAAUAG